GCAAAUUUGGAUCCGCAUGUUGCGGUGCGGCGAUCAGUCGAAUUGUUCCGUUCGCUGAGGACACCGCAGUGCGCGUCCGAAUCGAACCGUGCGUGCGUUGUCACGUCGUGAAGAAUUCAUCAAUUUGCAGAAUGUAACCAUCGUAACCAACCAGAUGGUUACGAAUGUCAGUGUCAGUUUCCAAGAUGAUAUUUCUCUAAUAUACACUAAGGUCUCUUUCAUCGCGGCGGUUUCGGUACUGCAUAUGCGUACAGGUACCUUCGAUGUACCGCGUUGUGAUGAAAAUAUUCACAAAGUGGUGUUCCGCGGUCGGAAAAACAUUGUGACACGAAUGCCGUUGUUUUUGUUGUUGCCCGCAGUUGGAAGUGAUCGAUUUUUCAAAGAUGUUGAAUGUGGAACUUUUGAAUGCCUAGAUUGCGAAAUAUGCCUUUUGUGAAGAAGAAAUUUUCCUUAUGGUAGUGAUUUUUUGUUAAACUAAUUAUUGUUGGGGCGUCUAAAAAGAGUUAAACCGCGAGAACAUGGCAAACAGCCUGGUUCCACCGGAGAUUACGGCCGAGUGGACAGUGCAUGCGCAACUGACCUUGUCGCAUCAGGGCAGCAGUACCAGUUGUGAUAUAGCAAAAGCUGAGGGCGAACCUAAUCCAGAAUCCCAUCCAGCCAAUAUAAAUUCCGUUGGCGGUUCAGGUGCAGGUGAGUCAUCGACGUCCAGCCAAAGGCAACCUGUGAAGGUGAUCUAUAAAUUUAGUGCACCCCAUGGAACGGAUGGAGCUGCCGUCGGUGGUAAUUAUUCUCCGGCGGGUGACGGUGCGACAUCCAAGCAGGCUGAUUCAGCUAUUUUUACCACCACGGCUACUGGCCAGACUACGGCGUCGUCUGCGCAGAUUUUCGGCGAAGAAAUCACCAAAACAGUUCCAAACGGUCAGGAUACGCCGAAACCGACUAAACUGCUAGCCCCACCGCAAACUCUUACUACCGUCACAACGUCGCCUCUAUUUCCGAAAUGUACCAGUACCUGUAGUAUAGUGUUAACUGCUGAUCUUCUACCAACGGGUGUUGGAGGAGGCCACGAGCCGUUCAUCACUGUGCAGAAAAAUGUCUCCACCAAAGAUGUGUUCAACAAAACAACCGCCGAUAAGUGCACAUGCUUCCCGGAGAAGCCGUUCAAUGGAUCAAAGGUCUACGAUGCCAAGGAUGUUAGUUGCCAGACCAGUGACAUUGAGUUAUCGAAAGACAAGACUGUUCAAACCAGUAGAGAUGAUUUGCGAAGUUUGACGCGGAAAGCUGCCGAAGCGUUGUUAUCGCCGGUAACAACUCGUCGAGAAGAUAUAAUUUCCCCUCGCAAAUCCCCGAAUUUAUCGGCGGACAUUGUCUCCCCAAGCAACACACUCCAGUCGCAGCAUUCGAGCGUCAAGGAUGGCAAGAAGAAACCACGGACUGUGCAUAUCGAUGUGUACUGCACGGGAUCCGAUGCUGAAUCGUCUUCGUCGUCCGACGAUUCUUCGGUUCGAUCUGCUUCUUCGUCUUCCGCAUCGGGUAGUCGUUUCGAUACCAGCCAUUUAGCGGAACUAAAAGCCAAACCAAACCCGUCCCAUCCAACUGUUUUCGAGUCGGAAGAUAUGAAGCUUAGACACAAGAGAGCCGCAAAGCACGAGGUUCCUCGGCGGAUGGUUCAGCAGCAAGCUGUUGUUGAUCAAAGUACUUUAUCGACGGUAGGUAGUUUAAAGAAAACCGAAUCGCAGAACAGGAAAAGUGUGAAAAGAACCAAUACCAAAAAUGAGAUCAACGAAUCCAAGCAAAUGUUGUUCAACAAGGUUCUUGGUGAACCUAAAGCAGCUGAGACUUAUGCCAAUCUAGAGUACCUGGAGCGGGAUCCGAGUGAUGAUAACAUAAGUUCCAAUUAUCCUUUUUCCACACAUUCGACAAAAAGGGACGUAACGGGGAGUAGUUUAUCGAGCGCUUUGGCAUCAGCAGGUUUCGAUGAUAUUGGAGAUCUGGAUGAGUCGGCCAGUGGUAUCGCAAAUCUGAAUCGUAGCAGAACGAACGUCACACACUCGGACAGCUUCGAGUACGCCAACAGUGAGGAUCGUUAUCGAAUACAUCAGAUGGAACGAGUAUGGGGUGAUCAAACUUGGAAGUCCCCUUCAGUCGAACGUAAACUACUAGAGAUUCACAAUCCUAGGUAUCGCCGCCACAGCGAGUCCGACAAUAAUCUGUCUGAGUCGGACCACAGCUUCGUUUAUGACAGCCCAUCGCGACCGAAUGAAUCCGUUCACUCACAGAAUGAAUACAGCGAUUCGAGUCCUUCCACAGUGAAGAGCAACUCAAACCGGGCACCGUCGAAUGCUGGCGAUGUGUCCAAGCGAUUUCUUCAUCAAGCGUUAUUGACUGCGAACGGAACGGCAACGUUUCCUCCGAGAACGUUGUCUCCGGUGGAAGGUUAUACCAACGAGUACAUUGCACUGGCAAGAAGGUUCGGCAGUUUGAUCACCGGUAAACGGAAACCGGGUCUCCACAUGGGCCCGGUGAGAAACCCGGAAUGUCAGUGCGAACAUUGCCGGCGCUGGAUGCGGCAGAGAGACGGAAGCUUUCGUGAGCGGGCCAUGUCCGUCGAUGAUACACCGUACAACAUCGUGGACAUGAGAAAGAAGCUGCACUUCCGAAAACAUAUGGAUUUUUAGAACAAUUCAAGUUUGAUUAGCUACUGAAAUAGCGUCUUAGUGGAGUAAAAAAAACUCUUAUAUUUAAAAUGGAAAUAUGCGUUGAAGCUGCCUUGUAAAUAAUGCUUUUAGGAUUGCAUUUGUUCUUUUUUUCUUAUAAUCUUUUUGCAUACGAUUAAAUGGCAUUUAGUUAUAGUUAUAUCUAAUUUUAAUGGAAUAAAUUGCUCCUUGACAUUAGAAGAAUCAGAAUAAAUCUGAGAGAUAUCGAACAUUAAA